UUCUCUUACCCUGAGCUCUUUUCCUGCUUCAGCAAUCUUCGUCCUUCCUUGCCACUGUAACUCUGCAAUCGGCUUCUACCAGAAAGGAAAGAACUCGAAAGAGACCGGAGAAAUAGGAGGGAAUUGAAAGAUUAAUUACAGAAAAACCGAUUAGAAAGAGACAAAUACGGAAAGAUUGACAAGUUCUUGCCCUCCUUUCAUAUCUUUCAAUUACUACACCAUCCUCUUCCGCCUGCCUUUCCCUAUCUCGUUAAUCCUUUGCCUCCGGUGACGAGGGCGGUAGAAUUUUGCAUAGUCGUCGCUGGGAGGAAGCGAGGGAUGGAGAAGACGAAGCAGCAGGAUGAGAAGAAGCCGUCGGCGGUAUCGGACGUGGGGGCGUGGGGAAUGAACGUUGUCAGCUCCGUCGGGAUAAUCAUGGCGAACAAGCAACUUAUGUCCACCACGGGUUACGCAUUCACGUUUGCAACUACUUUGACUGGUUUGCACUUUGGUGUGACUGCAUUGGUUGGUUUAGUUUCAAACGCCACCGGAUAUUCAGCGUCAAAGCAUGUUCCCUUAUGGGAGCUUCUCUGGUUUUCCAUUGUUGCCAACACAUCCAUCACUGGGAUGAACCUGAGCCUAAUGCUAAAUUCUGUUGGCUUUUACCAGAUAUCAAAGCUUAGCAUGAUUCCUGUGGUCUGUGUGAUGGAAUGGAUUCUUCAUACCAAGCGCUAUUCAAAAGAGGUCAAGAUGGCUGUUUUUGUGGUGGUUGUGGGUGUUGGUGUUUGUACAGUUACAGAUGUCAAAGUUAAUGGCAAAGGUUUUGUAUGCGCCUGCAUAGCAGUGCUUUCAACAUCAUUGCAGCAAAUUUCAAUCGGCUCCUUACAGAAGAAGUAUUCAAUUGGUUCUUUUGAACUACUUAGCAAAACAGCUCCAAUACAGGCUCUUUCCCUUGUAAUUCUGGGUCCCUUCAUUGAUUACUACCUCAACGGCAAAUCCAUCCUCGACUACAAGUUUUCUUCAGGAUCAAUUCUCUUCACUCUUCUCUCAUGCACCCUUGCUGUCUUCUGCAACAUUAGCCAAUACCUCUGCAUCGGGCGCUUCUCAGCAGUAUCAUUCCAGGUUCUUGGCCACAUGAAAACUGUCUGUGUGCUUACUCUUGGCUGGUUACUAUUUGAUUCACAACUCACGCUUAAAAACAUAAUGGGAAUGGCUCUCGCUGUCAUCGGCAUGGUUGUAUAUAGCUGGGCGGUUGAGAUUGAGAAGCAGGCAUUUUCUAGGAUUGCUUAUGCCAAAACAAGCCUAACUGAAGAGGAGAUUCGUCUCUUGAGGGAGGGAGUGGAGAAUUCAAAUACCAAAAAUGAUGAGCUUGGUGAAGCAAAGGCCUGAUAGCUCAUUGUGAUUACUGAGUAAGCGAUUUCGCUCACACUCUGUUCUAUAUGUUUUCCUUCUUACUUGAGAUAAUUCUUUAGCUCAUUGGUGGAGAUGUAAUUUUUUUUUAUUUGACUUGCUGGUUUUGAAUACUCUCAUCAUUUUUAGUCUAUGCAACUUGUUCAUGGCCUCCAGUUUGAGGUCCUGUGAUUCAUUGAGUAGUAUAUAUUGUGGAAAGAAUGUUUGUUUCUU